UAACAUACCCAAUAUUGUAUACAACGAAGUUGGAAGCCCAUAGAUUCCGUACGCUUCACACACUUCACACAUAUCGUAUCCGGUGAAUGUGCUGUGGAAAAGGGAAUCACUUGCUGUUUGUCUUUGUUUCUACUCGUUUCUUUUCUUCAAUCUUUCUUCAAACUUCUUGGUAAAUUCUCUCAAAGCCCACGCAAUUUUAUCAAAUUGCACCCAAGUCCCAUUCCCAGAUUUCGAGGACCCAAAUUAAACCAAACCCUUGCAAUUGACAGCUGAACCCCAACAAAACCCUAUUUCGAGGUUCCAACUUUAUUACCUUCAACAAAAAGAGGUGAAAUCUCGGAAGUUUUGAAACAAAAUAAUGGAUUUCGACGAGUACGAGUAUUUGGAAAAAACCGUUGAGGAGCAGGAAGAUCCGAAGAAGACGAAAGACAGAGGAGGAUCGGAGGAUAAGAGCGAGAGAAGCUAUAGGAAGAGAGAUGGAGAUAGAGAGGAAGAGGAUGAUGAGGGCAAGAGGAGCAGCAAGAAAUCGAGAAGCGGCCGCGAUGAGGACGACGAGGAGAGGCGAGAUCGGGAUAAGGACCGCCAUAGAAGCAGCCGCGACAGGGAUAGGGAAAGGGAGAGAGAUAGAGAUAAGGAUUUAGAGAGGAGGGGUAGCAGAGAGAGGGAGAAGGAAAGGGAGAGAGAAAGAAGAGAAAAAGAUAAGGAGAAAGAGAGGGAUAGGAGAGAGAAGGAAAAGGAGAGAGAGAGGAGGGAAAGAGAGAAGGAAAAGGAGAAAGAGAGGGAGGUAGACCGGAGAGAGAGAAGCAGUAGUAGGUCGAGGAGGCACGAAAGUGAUCGUGAGAUUGAGAGGGAACGGGAGAGAGAUAGGAGAGAGAGGAGCAGUAGUAGGUCGAGGAGGCACGAGAGUGAUCGUGAGCUAGAGAGGGAGCGGGAGAGAGAUAGGAGAGAGAGAAGCAGUAGUAGGUUGAGGAGACACGAGAGUGAACGCGAUCAAGAGAGGGAACGUGAAAUUGACAUCAGAGAUAGCAGGAGAUUUAAGGAUAAGAAAGAUGCAGUGGAGCCUGAGGCUGAUCCUGAGAGGGACCAGAGAACUGUUUUUGCUUAUCAGAUGCCUCUAAAAGCAACUGAGAGAGAUGUCUAUGAAUUCUUCUCAAAAGCAGGCAAGGUGAGGGAUGUUCGGCUGAUCAUGGAUAGAAAUUCAAGAAGAUCAAAGGGGGUUGGGUACAUUGAGUUUUAUGAUGUGAUGUCUGUGCCAAUGGCAAUCGCAUUGUCUGGUCAACUGCUUCUUGGUCAACCUGUGAUGGUUAAACCUUCAGAGGCCGAAAAGAAUCUUGUUCAGUCCAAUACUUCUGGUGCAGGCGCAGGUGGUGUUGCUGGACCAUAUGGAGCUGUUGAUAGAAAACUAUAUGUAGGGAACUUGCAUUUUAAUAUGACAGAAAUGCAGCUUAGACAGAUAUUUGAACCUUUUGGACCUGUGGAGCUUGUGCAACUACCACUUGACCUUGAGACUGGGCAGUGCAAAGGUUUUGGGUUUGUCCAGUUUGCUCAACUUGAACAUGCAAAAGCAGCUCAAAGUGCCUUGAACGGGAAACUGGAGAUUGUUGGUCGAACCAUUAAGGUUUCAUCUGUUACAGAUCAUGUUGUUACCCAAGAUACUACAGCAAAAUCUGCAGACUUUGAUGAUGAUGAGGGCGGUGGCUUGGCCUUGAACGCACAAUCAAGAGCGUUGCUUAUGCAGAAACUGGAUCGCUCUGGUAUUGCAACAAGCAUUACGAGCUCUCUUGGAGUACCCCUUGUUAAUGGGUCUGCUCCAAAUCAACAGGCAACAUUACCUGUCAAUGGCCAAGGGGCAUAUCCAGCACCGGUUCUACAGCCAAUCAUGUCUACUACAGCCCUUGAACCUAUUGGACAGCCCAGCGAGUGUUUGCUGUUGAAGAAUAUGUUUGAUCCUACAACUGAGACGGAACCUGAUUUUGAUUUGGAUAUUAAAGAGGAUGUUGAAGAAGAAUGCAGCAAAUAUGGCAGGGUGAAGCAUAUUUAUGUGGACAAAAACAGUGGCGGUUGUGUCUAUCUUCGAUUUGAAUCAACAGAAGCAGCGGGUAAAGCUCAACGUGCAAUGCACAUGAGAUGGUUUGCAGGCAGAUCAAUAUCAGCCUUAUUUAUGCAACCCCAUGAAUAUGAAGCGAAGUUUAAAGGUUGAUUGAAGUUCAGCAGCUUUCACAUUAUCAAGGCAAUACUUGGAGGAGGCAAAUAAUUUUGUAUGUAUCAGAAUUUAUUCCAGUACUCAAAAGAUUUCAAGAUCAUUUAAAAAAGAACUGUUAUGGCCAUAUAUGAACUUCAAAAGAAAUUUAUCGGUAACAAAAUUUAUUUGAAAUGGGGAAUUUAUUUUCCAUUACAAAACUCUAUAUUCAUGUAAAAGAAUUAUUGAAUAUAUACCACCCUUGGGAUUA